AAGAGCCGAUAACAUCAAGGCGGAAAAAACAAUAGGAAGUGGGAGUGGGAUGGGAAGCGAAAUUUGAACUUUCAAAAGAUAAAGAUAGAAUCUCUAAAGUUCAAACGUCAUGAUAAGAAACUAAACCGAUGACAAUGAGUUAUUUAAUCAAUUGAGCUCACCCUUGAAUUCAAUUUCCAUGAGUUCUGUUUUCUCAAGCUGUGACUUUAUCGCAGGAUGGGCCUCUGGAAUACUUGCUCUUGUAGUUGGACAUCCUUUAGACACUAUAAAAGUGUGGUCACAGACAUUACCUGAGAAAUCAAGUACUAUGAAAAUUGUUUCAACUAUAUACAAACAUGAAGGAGUUAAAGGCUAUUACAAAGGGAUGAUGUUUCCACUACUGUCGGCAGGGGCAUUAAACUCAAUUUUUUUUGGAGUGUAUGGGAAUACAUUGCGAGAACUACAAAGUCUGCGUGGAGUGGAGCAAACAAUGAGCUGGUUCCAGGAGAGACCCUACCCUCAGUGGUAUUGGGAUAUCAUGUAUGCUGGCUGUCUCGGAGGCUUUGCCUGCUCCGUUGUCAACUGUCCUGUUGAACUCAUCAAAACACAAAUGCAGACUCAGACAGAACAAAGAGAAGUGAAGGUGUUUGAACGAUCGCACAAGUUCAGGAAUCCUUGGGAAUGUUUUGUCUACCAAUAUAAAAUGAAAGGCAUCCCUGGUGUCUACAAGGGCUGGAUACCUCUGCUUUGGCGUGAUGUGACAGCUUCAGGAGUCUACAUGUUGGUGUACACCCUCAGCUGUCAGCAGCUAUCAGAGAAGCAGCACUGGGCCAUCAUGUUGGCUGGGGCUAAUGCAGGUAUGGUGUCCUGGGCUGUGAUAGUGCCAUUGGAUGUUAUCAAGUCUCGUAUCCAGGCAGAUAGUCGGACCCAUCCCAAGUACAGAGGUAUGGUGGACUGUGCAGUACAGAGCUACCGUACAGAUGGUCUCGGAGUGUUUGCAAGAGGCUUCUGGCUCAUUAUACUACGGUCACUGCCUGUCAACGCAGUCACUUUUGUUGGAUAUGAGUAUCUCAUGUCUUUUUGCCAAUAAUAUAUCAAAAUCUACCAAGGUAGACAUAUUCCAACCUCACACUUCAAUUAUUUUAUACAUUUUUCUCAAUAGAUACACUCUAUAACCAGUGGCGGCUAUAAGAACCCGCGGGUCCCCUGCAAGUUUGAUAAAUAUUAUCACAGGUAUUUCCACCUAAGCUUGCACUUGGACUUGGCAUGGCAUCACCCGAGGCACCGAGGCGUCAUCAUCGUCUUCCAUGAUCACGACAAAAUCCUGAAUACCUUCAUAGGUCACGGAAAUAUCAUAGUUCUCAGUGACCGCGGCAAAAUCGUGACUGAAUUUCCCGCAGUCACAGAAAAAUUAUGAUUGUCUGCAUAGUGACUGCAACCAAACCCUGCUCCUGCGGUCGUGUAGAAAACAAUAUUUCUUGUGAUUGCGGCAAAAUCCUAAAUAUCUUCCAUUGUAAACGAAACCUCAUCAUCGUCUUCUGGGAUAGCUUCCAAAUCUUGAAUAUUUUGCACGGUCACCGAAACAUAAUUAUAUCGUCUUCUGCAAUCUUAGCAAAACCCUGAAACUCUCCCGCGGUCAUGUGAACAUCAUUGUCGUCUUCCGCAAUCACAGCAAAAUAUUGAACUUCUACCGCGGCUGCGGAGAUAUCAUCAUCGUCACCCGCGGAUGAAUGUUCUCAUCCGCGGUCGCAGCAAAAGUGUGAAUCUUUAAAUCAGGUGGGCGAUUCUAUCACGGUUGUAAAGGUUGGCUCAAAAAUCGAUACUCUCUAUUAAAAAUCACCACUUUCCAAAGCAAACCUAUUUUGAAGCGACCUGACCGAAACCCGGAGGUAACAUUUUUACCUGACUUUAAGUAAACCAACAUGGUCCGCAGCCUCCCAAAAGUAUUAAUGAAAACACAGAACAAUUUUUUUGCUAGUGUCCUAAAAAAAUUUCCCCAAAAAUUGCGGGCCCCUUAGAUCCCAGGCCCGCUAUCGCCGCCACUGUCUAUAACUUGCCAAACAUAUACUUUGCUAAAUGCAAUGAAAUUCUUUAAUGUUAAACAAGUGUUACUACUUACUCCUUGCAAUAUACAAUAUGUGACAUUUAUGUUUUUUUUUUUUUUUUUUACACUGUUGGACGUACACUUAUACAGUAGACUCCCCCUUAUCCAGACUACUCGGGACCGAGGCCAGUCCAGAUAACGGGUUUUCCAGUUAAACCGACAUCCCAAAAAACUUGUUAAGUUACCCAAAUAUUUGACUUAAAUUUAGGAGAGCAUUGUAUUUCUGUUAUUGUGAUCACUGGUCUCAAAUAUUUCCCAUGAGAAAAGUCGUUUCAGUACCGCCCACUUCCUGCCGAUCUAGUCCAGUUAAACCGAUGUGCUGAUAAAAAUUGUUUGGUUAAAGAGAUGUCAUUCCCGCCGAGUGUUGUCCGGUUAAACCGAUGUCCGGUUAAAAGGUGUCCGGAUAAGAGGGAGUCUACUGUAUACAUAACAGCAUUCCAGGCACCCUCAUUUUCAUAUUCAUGCAUAGGUUAGGCAUAUUCAUGCAAUCUAUGUAAAAUAUGCUGUUUACAGACAGGUCUCCUAGUCAUUAAAAGGUUGUAAAACCAGUUUAAACUAAUUAUGUGGCAGAUAUACACAAGACAAUUAAGCUGUAUAUAAAAUCUUUCAAAAUCAUCAAACAAAUUUAAUGUCCAUUGUAGGUUCCUGUUCAUGCUAAAGAAAUAGUGGUUUUCAUCACUAGGAGCAAAAGUGGCUCUCUUUUUGCUAGGCAAUCAUGUUUUACAAUUAUUAUAAGUUCCAAAAACACACUUUUUUCUGUUUGAUGAACAACUAUUUUCAUCAUACUGUCUAGGAAAUAAUCCUCUAAUCAUUACAAAAUUAGACCAUAUAAUUUGUGGUUGUACAAAGUCUUCAUCAAUGUUUACAUUUUGGUUGUUUAUAAACAUAACGUAAAAUAUCCUUUGAUUAGCAAACAAAAUUAUAAUGUGGCAUGAACAAAUUUAGAUGUUAGCAAACCAAAAAAAUUCCCAUAUAAUGUUUUUUUUUCUGUUCCCUCUAUUUGAAGUUACCCGAAAACGAUGAUUUUGUGGACGAUUUAGAGAACUAAAAGCAGCUGUUUUCCAGACAGUUUGAUGAAAAAAAUUGUUUUAUAGUUUAUGAAUGUUUAUUAGUUUAACUUUUAUAAAUGGUACAUAAAAACAAAUAUCAGUGAAUUUAAUUUUACUGUAGGAAUAUGAUGAUAUAAAUUUCUAUUAGAUAUAUAAUUUAUACAGAGUGUCUUGCAACCAUAUCAACAAACUUUGUCAUGUUAUUCAACGUAUCAAAAGAAACAAUAGUACAUUUUGUACCUAGGGCCGAA